AUGUCAGGUGCGGCGCCCCCGUCGGCGGCCGUUGCGCGGCUAGAUCUUCGGAAAACUUCAACACCUGCUCCCACGUUGUCAACUGCCGCCUUUUCUUCCGCGAGCUGCGUUGCUCCGCGCGAUGCGCCAGCCGCGCAACAGUCUCUGGGUUGCCCGCCGCGUCUGCCGCAGCCCAGACGCGCGCCAGCCGUCGAGCUUGCCUUCCCCUCGUCUCUGGCUCCCCCCCCCGCGUCCGCUUCCCGUUCUCUCAACCCGGAAUCCUGGCGGCCUCCAUCGAGUUCGCACGAAUGCAGCUCGCGAACGGCGGCUUCGCCAGGUUCUCUCGCUCUUGAGGCGAACUCGCUUUCUUCUGCGGCCUCCGGAGCUGUCGCCUCCACCCCGCCUGACGACGCCGAGUCGGCCUUGACUGGCCGUCCCCCUGUGGAAGGGGCGCGACCGCGGUCGCUGGAGGCGCGGCGGAGGGCAGCGGCGGCUCGGGCGCGGGCUGCGGCGGCAGCUUUCGCGCACGCAGACCUUGCUCAGUCCAAGGGAGACAGAGAAGAGACAGGAAGCUCCCCACGCGAGGCGGAGUGUUCCGCUGCUGGCGUCUCGCCUUCCGCUUAUGCGGCUAGUGAAGGCGCGCGGGGAGACGCGCAUCGCGAGGCGACUUUCAGCGAGACAGAGGCCGGCGCUGCAGGUCUCCUCAGCGCCCUCGUGAGCGACGCCACGGCCGCGCUGAAGGCGGGAGAGGACGCACGGGAGGCGCGGCGGGUGCGGGGGGGCGGCGCAGAGGCCGUCGGCUUUCGGCUGCAGCUCACACGGCGGAUUCUCGAGCGGGAGGCCGAUCGGAUGCUUCUGCUGGGCACAGCCAACUACCUCGUGGUGCUGGGGAAGUCUCUGGGUCUAUCUUCGCGGUGCAUCAGCGUCGGCUGCGUGUACCUGCACCUCUUCUUCGACUCGUUUUUCUUCCGCGGCCUCGAGCGGAAGUGCGCCGCGGCUGCCUGCCUCCUGCUGUCGUGGAAAUACGCUGAAGACGGCGAGGAAUCUAGGUGUACGCGGAAGCUCUACGACCUGGCGCGCGGUAUGUACCGAGUGUCGGUCCAGCAGAAAGUCAGCGAUCUGCGCGAGGUUCGCAGCCGCCUUUUGGAGGUUUUAGGAGAGCUCAAGAGGGGGCGCGACGCCCCGGGGCUUCCUCCGAAGGUGCUUGCGGCGUCUGGGGCGUCCCCUAGUGUGUGCACCUCGCCCGGCCGCGAGGGCGCGCCGUCGCGGUCGCACGCGGAGGCGCUUGUGGAGACUGUGCUGGCUGAGGAGGCGCUGGAGGAUCUCGCAUCGUCCUCGCGCUGGCUGCUGUGCGACUCGGCGAUUUCGUUUCGCAUCAUUUGCCACAAGCUGCGCAUCUACGAGAGCGCCCUUCUCCGCGCGCUGCGGUUCAACGUAGGACCCGUGCACCUCCCCUUCGCCGCGCUGCGCCUCUACGUCAAAGCCUUCCUAACCAAGUGUCCUUCUACAUCCUCUUCCUCGUCCGCUUCAUCGGCUUCUUCCUCCUCCUCGUUCGCUUCUUCUUCCGACGCGACACGGAGGCCGCCGCCUGGCCAGCCGCCUUGCCAGCCGCCUUUGUCCCCAGACGCGGCUGGGGCCCUGUCUCCGCGGCGCGGCGCGCGCUGCUGCUGCGCCUGCUGGCCAGGGCGCGGGCUGAGGUACGCGCAGCUGCAGCGCAGCCUCCACGAGGGCGCGCUGCGCGAGUUUUUGCUAAUCUCGCGGACGCCCUUCGUCCUGGAGCGACCGGCGACCGCCCUCGCCGCCGCCUGUGUCGUCCGCGCCGCGAUCCUCGCGCGCCUGCCCGCGAGCGGCGUGGACUCCACAGCGGAGCGAGCCCAACCGACCGAGGAAACGGCAGUAGAAGCAGACGCCGAAGUGAGAGGCGAUUCAAAAGUGAAGGCAGAGACAGACGGGAAAGAAGAAGCCGCAGUGAGAGAGGGAGAGGCAAGGAGGAGAGAAGAAGCGAAGGUUCUGGACGUGCUGGCGGCGUUCAGCGCGCACGUGGAGAGCUUUUUGGGAUUGGUGAAUGACCCUCUGGGGGCGGCGCAGCGGGAGGCGUCGGCGGGGGAAGACGGAGACGCCUCGGAGGAGUCCAGUUCCUCGGCGGCAGCGGAGGAGGCCGCGGGGCCGUACGCCGUGGACGCCGCCGCAGUGAAGACGGCUCUCGCGGAUCUGCGGCAAGCCGCGCAGUGGCAGGACGAUCUCUUAAAUGACGCCUUUCCGGCUUUUCCGCUGCCCUUCGCGGCGGAGACUGCGGAUACCGGCGACGCGGACGCCGCGGGCGGUGAAGGGAACGCAGAGGAGAAGGCGGACGGAGGAGAAGAGCGGCGGCGCGAGGCUCUCGAGGAGGGGCGAAAACGACGCCGCGAAGACCGGAGAGGAGACAAGUUCGAGAAGCCAAGAGAGGGGCGUGAACACGCCCACGCGGACGCGGAAAAACGCUGCGCGCGCGCCAAGUCGCACAAGAAGGCCCGCGAGGAGUCGAAACCCGGCGCGCGAGAGCGAGACAGCCGCGAAGAGCCCAGGGACAGAGAAGAAAGAGAUCAGCGAAAGAAGAAACGAUGA